UGAAGUCUAUUUCCCAUCCUCUGCAAUUUAUUGGAAACACCCAAAUUAAUUGUCUCUUCCAGUCCUCUUCAGAGCUUACAACUCUCAGUCUGAUCUUCGUUCUCACGAACAUGUCAGGAGCAACCACUAUAGGAGACACGAGGGCUGAGUUGUGGCGAGCUCGGCUCGGCUCGGCUCUUCGAACCACCUUGGCAUGCACCAUAGUAAGUUGCACCGUCCUGCACGGCCCAGCGUGGCUCCGGCAAUACCUCGAGUUCCCGGCCUUCUCUUACGUGACGACCAUCCUCUUGGUGUCGGGUGAUGCAAACCUGGGUGACACCAUCAGAGGUUGCUGGCACGUGUUUUGUGCGACCCUUCAGGUUAUGAUCCUGUCCAUUGUUGGGCUGCGGGUGGUGGGACCUGCCCACUUCACAAGCCCAGUGGCGGCGACAGCUGUGGCUGUGAGCGCAUUCGUGGUGGCGGUGCCGGAGGCAACACACUUGUUGACAAAGAGAAUCGCAUUUGGGCAGCUAGUGAUUGUGUACGUGAAGACAGUGAUACGUGGGGCAGAAGCUGGAGUUUUAAAGCAUCCAAUUCACGUGGCUUCUUGUACUGCCCUUGGAGCCUUGGCUUCUGUCUUGGCCAUGUUGAUUCCAUAUCCUCGACUUGCUCAUUUUCAGGUAAAAAAAGCAUUCGGAUUAUACGCUGAGAAUGCUUCUGAGAGGUUUAGUCACAAUCUAGAGGCUAUCUCUGCAUCAGACAACUCAACUGCUCGUGGCUUGUGCAUUCAAUCAAAGUCCCUGGCUAAAGUAGGAGCCAAGCUUCUCCAGUGGGUUAAGAGUAACCUGGAUGGCAUGCGUUGGGAAAGGCCACGAACGAGGGCCUUCUAUGAGAAACUGCAAGACAAAGAGAUACCAUUACGAGGAAUGGACAUUGCUCUCUCAGGCUGCACUUCAUUUCCUGUUGGCUUCAUCGAUGAGGAGCUCAGGGGUGUUUUGCUCGAUUACAGAGGACGCCUGAGCCUCAAAUUAGAUAAACAAGCCUCGUGCUUUGCUUCUUUUAAUGCAAGCACGGCCCCAGCAAGGAAGAACAAAGAAGAAAACUUGAAAAGUUUCCCGUGGUCUCUCAAGAACUUAUCCAUAACUUAUAAACACCUUCCAACUUCAUUCUUCCUGUACUGUGUUCAACUCCUCCUAGAGGACACCCCUAUUGCUACGAACACCAACAAGACGGCAGAGAAAGCCCAGAAAACUGAUGCUGACGAGCGUGGAAUCCUCAAGAGGAUCAAAGAGGUUAUCAUUAACAUGCUACCCAGUAGCCAGAAUCUGGCUUUUGCAUUCAAGUGCUCAGUUUCUUUGGGACUUGCUGUGUUCUUUGGUUUGUUAUAUGACAGGGAGAAUGCACUUUGGUCGGGACUUACAGUUGCCAUCAGUUUUGUCACGAAAAGGCAGCCAACGUUCUCCGUUGCCAAUGCUCGAGGACAGGGAACAGCAAUGGGAUCGACCUACGGGGUCAUUUGCAGCUUUCUGCUCCAUAAGUUUGGGGCUUUCAGCUUCUUGUCUCUUCUGCCAUGGGUCGUUUUCUGUUCUUUUCUAAUGCACAGUAAAAUGUACGGCCAAGCUGGUGGGAUGUCUGCAGUUAUAGGGGCCCUCCUAAUUCUUGGAAGGAGGAAUUACAGCACUCCUGCACAGUUUGCAAUUGCUCGAAUUGCCGAGGCUACUAUUGGACUGACAUGUUUCAUAGUUGUAGAGAUUAUGUUUAACCCUUCGAGAGGCAGAAGUCUCGCAAAAUCUGAACUUUCUAACAGCUUCAGGGCACUUCAAGAUUGCAUUGACACUAUCAUUGUGGAUUCUAGCGAUAAGCAAAAGCCAUGUUGGAAAACCUCUCAAGAAUUGCGUGAGAGACAAGAGAACCUCAAGUCUAUCGUGGUUCAAUUAGAAGAGUUCAUAGAGGAGGCCGGGUUGGAACCAAAUUUCUGGUUCCUGCCUUUUCAUGGUGCCUGCUACAGAAAGAUACUGGAUUCCUUGUCAACGAUGACAGAUCUCUUACUUUUUGUGGCACACUUAAUAGAUAAUGUGUCAAAAUUGUCAACGAAAGGAGUAAUGCCGGCUCAACUACAAGAUAGAGUGAAUGAGACCAUAGAGAUUUUCAAGGCCAAAGUUAUCCCCACUCUGAAAUGCCUUGAGGAGAUAACCCGGAUUAAGUCUCUGAGGAAACUUGAACGAAAGGGGAAGAAAAGAAAUCGUAAUAGCGACAUCGAGUUAGCUGAACACCCCAAUGCAGAUUCCGUUAGGGUGCUGCGUGGGAAUGAAGAGGUUGAAAGCAUUACUUGCUCUUUCCUACAGCAUUUGGAGGAGAUGGCUGACGCAGUCCGUUCUAACUCAGAUGAGGAGGCUGUUAGAGGCCAAAUAAUUGUUCAGUAUAGUUGCUUGGCAUUCUGCUUCAGUGGCUUGACCAGAGAAACAAUAAGGGUUGAGAAUAAAGUAAAAGAACUAGUGAUGUGGGAGAAUCCCUCGAGCGAUUCAAGCUUCAGUGAAAUUUAUUGCAAGAUCAAUGCCCUACGUUCGUAAUGAACUUUAGCCCCAUAUCCUGUCUUGGCCAUACUAACUAACCAAUUAGAUGUAUGAGACAUAUCACAACAAAUAUAAUAUAUAUAUAUAUAUAUAUAUAUAAUCUGUAUAAUUCAUAAACUAUAUUCAGUAUGAUUCAUUUUUUGAACUUCCUGUAAGAUACAAGGUCAUAUGUAGUUUAAAAUCAUUUGGAGCGCGACUCCAAUAGUUGAUAUUUGUAACCCAAAAUGGAAUAAAUUAUUGUAGUCAGUUAGGCGGGGUGGAAUAGAUGAAAUGUGAAACUCCAGGG